AUGCAGAAGAGCGUGCGCUACAACGAGGGGCACGCCCUGUACCUGGCCUUCCUGGCCCGCAAGGAGGGCACCAAACGCGGCUUCCUGAGCAAGAAGGCAGCCGACGCGAGUCGCUGGCACGAGAAGUGGUUCGCUCUCUACCAGAAUGUGCUCUUCUACUUCGAGGGCGAGCAGAGCGGCCGCCCGGCGGGCAUGUACCUCCUGGAGGGCUGCAGCUGCGAGCGGACGCCCGCGCCGCCCAGGGCCGGAGUCGGGCCGGGCGCUGCCCGGGACGCGCUGGACAAGCAGUAUUACUUUACCGUUCUUUUUGGCCAUGAGGGUCAGAAACCUCUGGAGCUGCGCUGUGAGGAGGAACAGGACGGUAAAGAGUGGAUGGAGGCCAUUCACCAAGCCAGUUAUGCAGACAUUUUGAUUGAGAGGGAAGUGUUAAUGCAGAAGUACAUUCAUCUAGUUCAGAUCGUAGAGACAGAAAAAAUUGCAGCUAACCAGCUCCGGCAUCAACUUGAAGAUCAAGACACAGAAAUCGAAAGACUUAAAUCAGAGAUUGUCGCUCUUAACAAAACCAAGGAACGAAUGCGGCCUUACCAAAGCAAUCAAGAAGAUGAGGACCCAGACAUCAAGAAGAUAAAAAAGGUUCAGAGCUUCAUGAGAGGAUGGUUGUGUAGAAGGAAAUGGAAGACUAUUGUGCAGGAUUACAUUUGUUCUCCUCAUGCUGAAAGUAUGAGGAAGAGAAACCAGAUUGUGUUCACCAUGGUUGAAGCCGAGUCGGAGUAUGUUCACCAGCUCUACAUCCUGGUCAAUGGCUUCCUCCGGCCCCUGAGAAUGGCGGCCAGCUCCAAGAAGCCUCCCAUCAGCCAUGAUGACGUCAGCAGCAUUUUUCUCAACAGUGAAACAAUCAUGUUCCUUCAUGAAAUAUUUCACCAAGGAUUGAAGGCAAGGAUAGCAAACUGGCCUACUCUAAUUUUAGCCGAUCUGUUCGAUAUUUUGCUCCCCAUGUUGAACAUUUAUCAAGAAUUUGUACGUAACCACCAGUACAGCCUCCAAGUGCUUGCCAAUUGCAAACAAAACAGAGAUUUUGACAAACUCUUAAAGCAGUAUGAAGCCAACCCUGCCUGUGAGGGGAGGAUGCUGGAAACAUUCCUGACCUAUCCAAUGUUUCAGAUCCCUAGGUAUAUCAUCACACUUCAUGAACUCCUCGCUCAUACACCCCACGAGCAUGUGGAAAGGAAAAGUCUGGAGUUUGCUAAAUCAAAACUAGAGGAACUGUCCAGGAUAAUGCACGAUGAAGUGAGCGACACUGAAAACAUAAGGAAGAACCUUGCCAUAGAAAGGAUGAUCGUAGAGGGCUGUGAUAUUUUGCUGGACACCAGCCAGACCUUCAUCCGCCAAGGUUCUCUUAUUCAAGUACCUUCUGUUGAGAGGGGGAAACUUAGUAAAGUUCGCCUGGGUUCAUUGUCUUUGAAAAAGGAAGGAGAAAGACAGUGCUUCUUAUUUACAAAACACUUUUUAAUUUGUACGAGAAGCUCAGGAGGAAAGCUCCAUCUGCUGAAGACAGGUGGGGUUCUCUCACUCAUAGAAUGUACGUUGAUUGAGGAGCCCGAUGCGAGUGAUGAUGACUCCAAAGGUUCUGGGCAAGUAUUUGGACAUCUGGAUUUUAAAAUAGUAGUGGAGCCUCCUGAUUCUGCCCCUUUCACUGUAGUCUUGUUAGCACCUUCACGCCAGGAGAAAGCUGCCUGGAUGAGCGACAUAAGUCAGUGUGUGGACAAUAUACGGUGUAAUGGUUUAAUGACUAUAGUAUUUGAAGAGAAUUCCAAAGUUACUGUGCCACAUAUGAUUAAGUCUGAUGCCCGUCUUCAUAAAGAUGACACUGACAUUUGCUUCAGUAAAACACUCAACUCCUGCAAAGUGCCCCAGAUCCGCUAUGCCAGUGUGGAGCGCCUCCUGGAGCGGCUGACAGACUUGCGGUUUCUUAGUAUUGAUUUCCUCAACACCUUUCUGCACACCUAUCGUAUUUUCACUACAGCAGCUGUGGUGCUGGCAAAACUUUCCGAUAUAUACAAGAGGCCUUUUACCUCCAUCCCUGUCAGGUCAUUAGAAUUGUUUUUUGCUACCAGCCAGAACAAUAGAGGUGAACAUUUGGUGGAUGGCAAAUCCCCACGCUUAUGUCGCAAAUUCUCUUCCCCACCACCACUGGCUUUGUCCAGGACGUCCUCCCCAGUGAGGGCCAGAAAGCUGUCCUUGACUUCUCCGUUGAACUCAAGGAUAGGAGCUUUGGACCUGACCACCUGCUCAGCAUCCAGCAGUCCUACCACCACCCACAGCCCUGCUGCAUCCCCACCACCGCACCCUGGCAAAGUACCGUUGGAUCUCAGCAGAGGCCUUCCUUCUCCAGAACAAAGCCCGGGAUCUAUAGAGGAGUCUCUAGAUAACCCCCGCAUGGAUCUGUGUAACAAGCUAAAACGAAGUAUUCAAAGAGCCGUCCUAGAGUCUGCACCUGUGGACCGAGCAGGAGUGGAAAGUUCCCCAGUGGCAGACAGCAUGGACCUUUCACCUUGCCGAUCACCCUCCACUCCUCAGCACCUCCGCUAUCGUCAGCCUGUAGGACAGACGGCCGACAGCUCCCUCUGCUCUGUUUCGCCGGCGUCUGCUUUUGCAAUUGCCACGGCAGCUGCAGGCCACGGAAGUCCACCAGGAUUUAACAACACUGAGAGGACGUGCGACAAAGAAUUUAUUAUUCGGAGAACAGCCACCAAUCGAGUCCUGAAUGUCCUCCGUCACUGGGUCUCAAAGCAUGCACAGGAUUUUGAACUCAACAACGAACUAAAGAUGAAUGUCCUCAAUUUGCUAGAAGAAGUUUUGCGAGACCCAGACCUUCUUCCCCAGGAAAGGAAAGCCACGGCAAAUAUCCUGAGGGCCCUUUCCCAAGAUGAUCAAGAUGACAUCCACCUAAAAUUAGAGGAUAUAAUUCAACUGGCAGACUGUCCGAAGGCUGAGUGCUUUGAGACCUUGUCAGCCAUGGAGCUGGCUGAGCAGAUCACCCUCCUGGACCACAUCGUCUUCAGAAGCAUUCCCUACGAAGAAUUUCUUGGGCAGGGGUGGAUGAAGCUGGAUAAAAAUGAAAGAACACCUUACAUUAUGAAAACCAGCCAGCACUUCAAUGAUAUGAGUAACCUGGUGGCCUCCCAGAUAAUGAAUUAUGCCGAUGUCAGCUCCCGUGCCAACGCGAUAGAGAAGUGGGUGGCCGUGGCGGACAUUUGUCGCUGCCUGCACAACUACAAUGGCGUGCUGGAGAUCACCUCAGCCUUAAACAGAAGCGCCAUCUACAGGCUGAAGAAAACCUGGGCCAAGGUGUCUAAGCAGACAAAAGCUCUCAUGGACAAGCUUCAGAAAACUGUUUCAUCUGAAGGAAGAUUUAAAAAUCUCAGAGAAACCCUUAAAAACUGUAACCCCCCAGCUGUUCCUUAUCUGGGGAUGUACCUGACAGACCUGGCAUUUAUUGAAGAGGGAACACCAAACUUUACCGAAGAAGGCCUUGUUAAUUUCUCCAAGAUGAGAAUGAUAUCACACAUCAUCAGAGAGAUACGCCAAUUCCAGCAGACUUGCUAUCGAAUAGACCAUCAGCCAAAGGUCACUCAGUACCUGCUUGACAAAGCCCUCAUCAUAGAUGAAGAUACGCUGUAUGAACUGUCACUAAAAAUUGAACCUCGGCUCCCUGCUUGA